UGCGGCGCCCGGAUCAGGUCCCGCGCCCGCGCCACUCCCGGGACCGCGACCCCGGCCGCCCCGCGAUGACCGCGACCGCAGCCCUCCUGCCCGUCCUCUUGCUCCUGCUGGCUUUCGGCCGCAGUGCCCAUGGAGCUGAAUGCUUCCCGGCCUGCCACCCCGAAAAUGGAUUCUGCGAUGAUGACAGUGUGUGCAGGUGCCAGCCUGGCUGGCAGGGUCCCCUGUGUGACCAGUGCGUGACCUUUCCCGGCUGUAUGCACGGCCUCUGCGUGGAGCCCUGGCAGUGCAUCUGCAAGGACGGCUGGGACGGACACCUCUGCGACCUAGACAUCCGGGCUUGCACCUCGACCCCCUGCGCCAACAACGGCACCUGCCUGAACCUCGAAGACGGCCAGUAUGAGUGCUCCUGUGCCCCUGGCUUCUCGGGAAAGGAUUGUCAGAAGAUGGACGGGCCCUGCGUGGUGAAUGGCUCGCCCUGCCAGCACGGAGGCAGCUGCGUGGAUGAUGAGGGCCAGGCCCCCCACGCCGCCUGCCUGUGCCCCCCGGGCUUCUCGGGCAACUUCUGCGAGAUCAUGACCAACAGCUGCAGCCCCAACCCGUGCGAGAACCAGGGCAUCUGCACCGACAUCGGGGGUGACUUCCGCUGCCGCUGCCCCGCCGGCUUCAUGGACAAGACCUGCAGCCGCCCGGUCAACACCUGCACCAGCGAGCCGUGCCUCAACGGCGGCACCUGCCUGCAGCACUCACAGGUGAGAUUCGAGUGUCUGUGCACGCCCGCGUUCGCCGGCCCCCGGUGCGGCCGGAAGCGCGCGGCGGGCCCCCCGCAGGUCACCCGUGUGCCCAGCGGUUACGGGCUGACCUACCGCCUGACCCCCGGGGUGCACGAGCUGCCGGUGCAGCAGCCCGAGCACCGCGUCCUGAAAGUGUCCAUGAAGGAGCUCAACAAGAGCACUCCGCUCCUCUCCGAGGGACAGGCCAUCUGCUUCACCAUCCUGGGCGUGCUCACCAGCCUGGUGAUCCUGGGCACCUUGGGCAUCGUCUUCCUCAACAAGUGCGAGGCCUGGGUGUCCAACCUGCGCUACAACCACAUGCUGCGCAAGAAGAAGAACCUGCUGCUGCAUUACAACAGCGGGGAGGAGCUGGCCGUCAACAUCGUCUUCCCGGAGAAGAUCGACAUGACCACCUUCACCAAGGAGGCCGGCGAGGAGGAGAUCUGAGCAGCGUCCCCGCCGCCCCCCCCUCCUCGGGGUCCCCGCAGAGCCCCCCGUCUCUCUGUGCGGUCUGCUCUCAUCCUUGUGGUGGCAUUUGCUCCCCUCUCUGUCAAAUCUGGUGAACGCUAUGCUUUCCUC